UUCACCACGGGCACAGUUUACGUCAUAUUUUAUAUCCAUAUACCCAUUACUAAAUAUAAUAAAAAAAUAAUUUCGUAAAAUUUUAUUGAAAAUUUAAAUAACAUAUUUUAUAGAUUACUAGGUAACUUUUUGAGCAAAAGUAUGCCGUGUCGUGUUUUUCUUCAAUUGACUGCAAAACAAAAAAAAAGCGCGAAUUUACAGUCCUGCGCGGUACAGUAAAAUCUAAAGUCAAAAAUCGGGACAUCCCGCCAAAAUCUGGCAAAGCUAUUCUAUAUUAUAUUAUAAGAAAAAUGUUUUAGGCUUUUAGUUCCCAUUGUUUGUAUCCAAAUAAAAUUGCAGUAUUUCGGUUCUGGUUCUGACACAUCCAAGCAUAUGUUGACCGGUUAUUAAAUGCGGGGUGUAGUGUAACUCGUUCUACACAUGUGGCUCAGUUAAACCAAUCAACAAUCUCAGUGAGCACGCGCCGGCGACAUGUAUACGAUAAAAUUAUACGUAAUUUUGUGUUUAUUGUGCCAUAGUUAUGCGUUUAAGAUAUUGGUACUGUUCCCCCUUCCUGGCACAAGCCACGGGAUUCUUGGAGAAGGGAUAGUAAGGCAUCUGCUGAAGGCUGGACACGAGGUGACAUAUGUGACACCGCUACCUUACAAAGAUCCUCCGCGAAACCUGACGAUCGUAGACGUAUCCAGCAACUUUGAGCUGAUGGCUGUCGACGAAUACUGGGACUUCAAGAAGUUGAUGGCGCAAGACGUGAAUUUGCAGGACUUCUCCAAAAUCGUGGAUAUUCUUUAUCUCGUGUCAAAUGGGACUGUUUUCCACAACAAUGUGCAGAGCAUGAUGAUGGAUCCUAAAGUGAAGUUUGACGUCGUCAUCGCGGAGUGGAUGUAUUCCGAAAUUUAUAGUGGAUUCGCUCCAGUAUUCAAUUGCCCGCUCAUCUGGUCGUCCUCCAUGGAGCCUCACGCUGCCGUCCUCUCCCUCAUCGAUGAGGACCCUAACCCUGCCUACACUGCCGACCACAUGUCCAGCCAGGACCCCCCCUUCUCCUUCCCCGAGAGGGUGUCUGAGCUGUGGACUUUGCUGAAGAUCAAAUACGCCAAAUGGUCCCGUUACGACCGCGACAGCGCGACCUACAACAACGCAUUUAGCGCCGCAGCGGCUGCUCGCGGUAACCGCCUGCCCCCCCUCAACGAGGCCAUGUACUCUGCAUCAUUGAUGCUGGGAAACUCUUAUGUGGCGACGGGACAGCCGACCAGGCUGCCUCAAAACUACAAGGCUAUCGCUGGGUACCAUAUUAAGGAGGAGUUGAAGCCUUUGCCAGAGAACCUGCAGAAAGUGAUGGACGAGGCGAAGCACGGCGUUAUAUACUUCAGCAUGGGGUCUCUCCUGAAGAGCAAGACCUGGCCCGAGGAGAUCAAGAGAGACAUCCUCAAGAUGUUCAGCGAACUGAAGCAGACCGUCAUCUGGAAGUUCGAGGAGAAUCUACCAAACCUGCCCGCGAACGUCCAUAUAGUGCAGUGGGCGCCGCAGCCUAGCAUACUUGCUCACCCCAACUGCAUUUUGUUUAUCACCCACGGCGGCCUGCUCUCGACCACGGAAACCAUGCACUAUGGAGUCCCCGUCAUCGGCAUCCCGAUCUUCGCUGACCAGUUUAUCAACGUCAACAGGGCUGUCCACAAGGGCUACGGCCUCAAAGUCGACCUGAACUUUAAUAUCCCGGCCAAUUUGCGGUCUUCCAUUCAAGAAAUUAUCGGAAACCCUUCAUACCGCGAACGCGUGAAGGAGCUAUCCUUCAUCUACCACCACCGCGUGGCGCCCCCCUCCCGCGAGCUGGUGCACUGGGUGCGCCACGUGGUGCUCACCCGCGGGGCGCCCCAUCUGCGCUCCAGGGCGCUCGACCUGCCCUUCUAUCAGAGAAUGUAUUUGGACCUCAUAGCUUUGGUCCUGUUGCUAGUAUUUGGUUCAUUGUGUGUUGUGAGGAAAUUUGUGAUUGUAAGUAAUUAUGACGCUGUGAAAAAGAAUAGUAAAAUGUUAAAAUUCACACUGCUCCUAUGUAUCCUGGCCUGUGGCCACGUAACCGAGAGUUACAAGAUCCUGGCGGUGUUCCCGACGAAGAGCACCAGCCACCACAAUCUGGCCAUGGGCGUGGUGACCACACUGUUACAGGCUGGUCACGAGGUAACACAAAUCACCCCCUAUCCGAGCAAAGACCUGCCGCCUAAUCUGAAACAAGUGGACACUAGCGCAGUCGACAUGUCAGUUUUCACGGACAAGCUAAACGUGACAACUGUACUUCGAGGUGAAGACCCGAUGAGUUUCUUCGAAUUCAAGCCCUUCCUCGAGACGGAGAACCGAUAUGUGCUAACUGAUCCAAAUGUGCAGAGGUUGCUGAACGACACCACACAAACCUUUGAUGUGGUUAUUGCUGAGUGGAUGUUCAGUGAAUCGUUUGCUGGAUUUGGGGCCGUGUAUGAUUGCCCCUUCAUCUGGGUUUCCACCAUGGAACCUCACUCGCAGAUCCUGAAACUAAUAGAUGAACACUCAAACCCUGCAUAUUUCCCUAAUAUACAAUCCAGCGCGACCAUCCCACCAUUUGGCUUCAUAGACAGAAUGAAGGAACUAUUAUUUCAAUCCACUAUGUUUGCUUUCGACUUAUUCUACAUAACGAAUUACCAUAACGAGCUAUAUAAUGAGGUAAUAGCUCCACAAAUAAUCAAGAGAGGUAGACCAGCUAUUCCGUUCAGUGACAUUAAAUACAAGGCGUCAUUAGUUUUGGGUAACUCGUACGUUUCUCUCGGGAUCCCGGUGAGGCUUCCACAGGCCUACAAGCUCAUUGGAGGAUAUCAUAUCGACCCUGUGGUUAAACCUUUGCCUGAUCACUUGAAAAAUAUAUUGGAUAAUGCAAAAAAUGGUCUGAUCUACUUCAGCAUGGGAUCAAUCUUAAAGAGCAGGGACCUUCCAGACGAGCUGAAGAAGGACUUGCUGGAAGUGUUAGGUAGUCUCAAACACACGGUGCUGUGGAAAUUUGAGGAGGUGCUUCCAAAUCUACCUCCAAACGUGCAUAUAGUUCACUGGGCGCCGCAGCAAAGUAUUUUGGCUCAUCCCAACUGCAUCCUGUUCAUCACACAUGGUGGUCUCUUAUCGACCACUGAGGCUGUACACUUCGGCAAACCAAUCAUCGGGAUCCCAGUGUUCGGAGACCAGAUAAACAAUGUCGAUAGGUCUGUCAACAAGGGGUUCGCUAUUAAAGUCAACUUGGCUUAUGAUAUGAAGGACAAGUUGAAAGCUGCCAUCGAAGAAAUGCUAAGAAAUAAAAGCUACACUGAAAAGGCGAAAGAGUUAUCACUGAUCUACCACGACAGACCAACAUCACCUCGUGAAGAGCUGGUGCAUUGGGUGGAACACGUGAUCAAAACUCGAGGGGCACCUCACCUCCGCUCUCCAGCUUUGGACGUACCUGUUUACCAGAAAUUGUACCUGGAUCUCCUUGCAUUAGUAUUGGCAGUCUUGUAUGUGUUGAAGAAGAUUGUCGUGAAAAUAUUCUCGAAGAAAUCAGUGGAUAAGAAGCUGAAGAUGAAUUAA